UCAAAAGAAUUACUUUAUUAUGACUGUAGUUACAUUUCUCGAUGUAAUUUAUGUUCAUAGUGACUGUUAACAAAAAACGUUUCUGGCAUGUUUUGGAGAACAUUAGCCAUUAUCCCGUUAUCGCACGACUGGUAUUUUUUUUAUCCCAAAAAAAUAACAUUUGUGAUCCACUUCCUUAUCUUGUGCUUAAUUAAGUAGUUUAUCUAACUAAACAAAAGGACACACUAGAUCCAGAAUGGCUCCUCUCAUAUUGUACACCCACGAUCUCAGCCCGCCAGCAAGCGCGGUGUACAUGCUCGCCAACAUGCUAGGGCUGGAGAUCGAGGGUCGCCCAGUUGACUUGGCGAGACUGGAGCACAAAUCCGAAGAGUUUCUAAAGAUCAAUCCCAUGGGAACUAUUCCAGUCCUGGUAGAUGGUGAUUUUGUAGUGUCUGAAAGCCACGCGAUCCUCAAGUACUUGCUGCAGCAGUACGGCGGCGAGCGCCGCGAGGAACUGUAUCCGAGCGACGCGCGCGUGCGCUCCAGGGUCGACACCUGCUUGUUCUUCAACGCUGGAGUCUUCUUCGUCAGGCUGAAGGUCGUUGCGCUGCCAAUUAUCUUGGAAGGUUCGCCGAGUCCUUCGGCCCGCCAGCUGGCGGACAUCGAGCUGGCGUACGGCGCGCUGGAGCAGUACCUGCGCGCGCAGCAGUUCGCGGCCGCCGCGCACGCGACGCUGGCGGACCUCGCGCUCGCCGCCACCGCCGCGCCCAUGCAGGCCAUCAGGAAAAUCGACAGUAAAAGAUUUCCCCGCUGCGUGGAAUGGUUGUCAACGUUAGAGAAGGAACCUUGGUACCGUGGACCUAGUACUACCUGCGUAAAGACAUUCACGGCGAUCAUGGAAACAGCGUGGAAGAAAAACAAUCAAUAAGCACCAUGUUCUAAUAAAAUCCCAUUUAUUGAA